GCGUUCCAACAUGACACCCGCCUGUGCUCUCCUUCCCAGGCGAGCACAUGUUAAAGCGCUGCAGCGACGACUUGCCGACAAUCUGUGUCCCCUGUUCCAGUGGCUACUAUAUGAACAACUACAACUUUCAAAGAGAUUGCAUAUCCUGCCAAGGCUGCAGUAAGAGUGAGCUGGAGAAAGUCUCCACCUGUACCACCAAGCAGGACGAUGUGUGCAAAUGUAAAACAGGCUACCGCUGCAAAGACACUGGACCCUGUCGGGAGUGCGAGAAGAUGCCCACAACAACGACAACUAAACACACUAAAUUACCCAACACCACAUCUACAGCAGUGCCUAGGACACCUAACCCUACAACAAGGCCUGUCACCCCAUCUGGUUCUACCCCCAUCACAAACCCUGUCCCCACAGAAGACAGAAAGUGGAUCCCGAUGUUUGUGACCGCGAUGUGUCUUUGCCUUCUCCUCAUCUGCAUGUUUGCCGUCUCAAAGCUCCAAUCUAUUUUGUCAUGGAUUGGUUCAAGAAACAACUUCUGGUCUCCCCCCCAAAAAUCACUGGCAAUUCAGAGCCCAGAGGAAGAGGAAGUGCCCAUGCCAGUACAGGAAGAGUGCGGAAAGUUGGAGCUGCUUUUGGACGUGUGAUAAAUGUGGAUGUGGGAGGAAAAUACGGUCAAAGAGCUUUGGAAACCUGGGAGACAAACAUUAAGACCAGAGAUUCUGCUGGAUUUCUCUCACUGCUUGCAGUGCUUUGCUGUCUCUAGGGACUUUUAGAGAGGACAACGAAA